UAAAUACAGACACUCCCGCCUCUGGAAGCAUCCGUGAGCUGAGCCUCCGAGGAGCCUCCUUCGCCAGACAUCCCGGCCCAGCCUGCCCGCCGCCAUGAGGGCUCUCUACUUCCUGCUGCUGACCCUGUGCCUCAUCUUCUCCAACCUGGCCCCAGGUCUCGGCCAGUGGUCUGACCAAUACAUAUGUGCCAGGCAAGGAGGCACCUGUAGCUUCUCUCCAUGCCCGCUCUUCACCAAGAUCUACGGCACCUGCUACAGCGGGAAGGCCAAGUGCUGCAUGCGCUGACCCUGGACUGGGGGCGACGGACGAGGCAUGCAAAGUCAAGUCUUUGUAACGGUUAUUUUAAUGAAAGAAGACUUUUCUUUUUCUUUAAGCAUCCCUCCUUCAGAUCAAAAUCAAUCUUGUAUCUUUUUCUGCAAGAGGUUGAGAAAGUAAGAGGGUUCGGAGAGUGGAGCUGGGCCAGGGUGGUGCUGAGCAGGCCUGAGUGACGUCACUUCCACUGCAUUCUGUCACCAAACCAACAUGUGGGCGGUGAGACCCGGGAUGCAUGAGGAGGAGACGACACAGACGAACGCGUCCCUGAUUCUAGAAACAGCUCAUCCCAAACUCAGCAGCCUGGUCAGUGAAACGGAGGACGGGCAGAGCCCAGACGGCUGCCUUCUCGCCUUCCUGGCCCAGGCACUGGGCUGGUUCACCCUAGCAUCGGAGACCCUCUGUUAGAACACAGCACCCCUCCUGUGGCUUCCUGUCUCACGCCUGGGCUUCCGCUCACCACCACACGGCCCAGCCACCUGUCGCCACCAAGAGCAUCCCUUACGACCGCAACUUCUCAUCUCACUCCCUCAGCCUGUGGACACCUGUCGGUGGAGGGGAAUGGGUCGCUUUCCCUUUUUUCCAAUAAAUUUUUUACCACUCUUGAUGACA